UGUAAAAACAGAAUAGUUGUUUGCUUUUUAAAGAGAUAUAUUUAUUUGGGUAUGAUCCAUGUUACAAUGUCAGUUAAAGGUGCUCCGUUUGAAGACAAAAUACAACAUGUAUUUAAAGUUCUGAGUGGUUGAUAAAGUCGGGAUUACAUCACCAGUCACUCACUGUUGACAAUCUAGCUUGCUAACCAUGGCGGCGAACAACUGGCCAGAGAAAAUCGUCGCGUUCUUACGCAGUCCGUCUGAGUUUUUGUCCUGCACUACGCCGGAGGCUUUCCUCGCCGAGUUAUUGCGCGAGCUGAGAGACGACAGAGCCAGUGACAAUGUCAAGAUCCUCCUGCUGUCUCCACUGUGUGAGCACCCUAUGCUGUUAUGCCCUUCAGUCACAGUGGGUGAGGAAACAGCUCUGGAGCUAAUGUCAGUGCUGUCCUAUUGUUCGCCCAAGGCUCUUUCACUCCGCUGCAACCUCCUCCUAACCUUAACUUCAGUGCUCCUCUGCUCUUCGUGUGUGAGUACACACUCUCGCGCCUCUCAAGACUUCCUUGACCUCCUCCUUGAGACAGUCCAAGACACUAAUGACCACAGAAGUGGGGCAGUGGUACGCCCCCUUCGGGCAACAGCCUGUGACUGCCUCAGGGAGCUGGAGGCCUGCUGCCCAGGUUUGCUGUCCCAACAUCUGGAACUCCUGAGUGGUCUGAGGCAACAGGAAAACUCGAGGCUUCACCAGGCCUAUUCUUGGCUCCAUGCUCUGGGGCUGAGGAAUGCUGUGUAUCUGCUCACCCAGCAGGCAGGAGCCGGCGCUGGGGAGCUGAAAGCUGUGCUAGGGGGGAAUGAGGGUCUCGUGUUGGAAAGUUCCCACACGGACAUAGCCCUUUUUUCCCCUCUCACUCUUAGUCCCACUGGCAGGGCCCCUUCCCUGCAGACCGGCCCAGACUGUAAGGAGCUACGGUCUCUGCUCUCCUCGCUUCUAGAGGAGUCCUACCUUCUCACGCCCCUGGCCCAGGCUACACUGCUGAGAGGACUGGUAGAGGUUGUUUCCAUGGUGCCGGCUGUUUCCCCAGUGAUCUUUAAAGCUCAGCUGCUCCGUCUUCUAGGCACGUCUGAGGUGUGCCUACUCCAUGCUACUCUGCUGAUGAAGGCUGCUUUCACAGAUAGCUUGUUCAGUUCUGAGGACGAGGCCUUCCUUCUCAAGCGCCUCGUAGGUUUAUCCCAACACCCCCUCAUAAGCACACCUGAGAAGCUCUUCUACAUGGACUGCAUCCUGCACUUUCCAGAGAACCGUCCAAUCAGCAGUGGGGAUUGGGAUGACAGCCUGCCUGUGCUACUGACCCCUCGACUAGCUGCAGCCCUGGUGCCAACGGUGUUCAAUGACAGCUCCAGCAUGUUGGCCAGACUCAACCUGCUCUCCCUGGUCUACUUGGAGGAAGGAGAGGACGGCGAUGGAGAGGGAGGGAGGGGCCUUGCCUACCUGUACGACCACCUGACAUCGCUCCUCCGCAUUGUGGAGAACCACGGCAGCAGGGAGAUGGUGGUGACCUUCUUCCGAGCCUCCCUCCUCUUCCUCCUCCACUUCUCUCACGUGGAGCGCCACUGUGAGAACCUGACCCAGAGACUAUGUAGGCUGUACCUCGGACACACCCGGCUGGCCCCACACCUCAUCAACCUGGCUGACCGUGCCCAGGAGAGGCUGGAGGAGUCGGACUGGGCCGUGGCUCUCCUCAGGGCUCUGCAGCAAGCCAUCACCGAGGCCCCGCUGGCUGUGCUCACCCUGCAAACCCUCCGCUGGCACCUCAAGGUGCUGGGACGUGUGGCCGAGGAAGGGGACGUCCCUCAGAAGAGCACCCUUAGCUUCCUGCUCAGUGUCGUCACGUCCCCCACUUUGUGCUUGAGCGGGGAUUGGCGUUUAGGGAACGGCCUGCUAGGUGUGUGUCGGCGUCUGCUCUUGCACCCCAGCUUGGAUAUCCUCCUCAACCCACUGGCUGACCUCCUGCAGCACCUCACCUGUCACUACGGCGACACGGACAUCCAGGACCACGCGCGUCUGUACUACACCCUGCUGACCACCCUCUCCAAGGAGAAGCUGGGGGCCGUGUUAGGGCAGGGGCGGGCUCAGGGUGGCCUGCAGGCCAAGGUACGCUCACUUUCUGCAAUCAUGUCUGAGAGUGAGGAGCUGACUAGCGGUCUGACCGUGCACAGAACACAACUAACCCUGCUGAGGCUGGUCAAGAUGGACAACCACCUAAAACCAGAGAGAGAAAUGAAGCCCACACCCAACGAAGAACCACAGCAUGACCUGACCCAAGAUCUAGUUGUAGGGGAGAUGCAGGAGUACAGAGCCCAGUUCCAGAACGGUGCCUUUGCCUCUGAGAUCAUCCUAGACUACCAGCUGACCUACACCGGAGUUCACGACCCGAGAUUUGAUCAGCUCUUCAGCAUACACCUGCACUUCGACCUCACGGACCCGCACUACGAGGAUGUGAGUGACAUCAGUGUUCCGUGCCUGUUCAGAGAGCGGAAGCCUCCGGUGGUGAGGCUGAGACUGAGGCCCAGGAGGCCGUACCCCACCACCUUGAAAGCCAGCGCUGUCUUUACCACCCAGGAUGGGCUCUCCUGGCGCACUGCUCUUGCAGACCUGCAGGUUACCUUCCCUCAAUUAUUUCUUCCCCUGUCUGCCCCCCUGGUGUGGGGAGAAGAACACAGGUAUAGGCUCUUCGAGGUCAUGUGGAAGGAAAUGAGCUCUAGGGAUUCAGAGACGGAUUUAGCUGACAAUGCUUCAAGCCUCUUCUGCUGUGAACUGAGUGACUCAUCCUUAGUUCUGAUGAUAGAGAAGCACUUUCAGCCAUUUGUGAUCUCAGAAGUGUCUGAGAAAGAUCCAGGGAAGAGCAAAGUGCUGUUCUUCCUCCCGCCCAAGUCUCAUGUUCUUUUGAAAAUCAGCAUGGAGGAGGACGCUGUGCAGAUCAGUAUCGCUACAGACAACUGGAAACUUUUGCCUUUCAUUAACUCUUACCUACAGAUGAUUACCAGAGAGCAGCAGCCUGCAGCUUGAUGGGCAAGCAGAUCUGUACGGUAUAGUAGGUGUUUUAAAUGGAAAUAACUCACUUUUAACUGUUUUUGUGUUUUCACAGUGACUUUCUGGUCCAAAUUGUAAUGUCUUUAACUCCUGCUUUAAAAAAAGUCAUGCUAAAACUUGUUGAAAUCAUGUUUUGUCCAUGUAUGUAUCUUAUCGAUUUAGGAAAUCACUUGUUGCAUUCCAAAAUGUUGUAUUGCACUAUUGGAACACAUUUGUACAUUUAUGGUAGGAAAUAUUGACACUUUUUAUCGAAUCAUGUGUAUUUCUGAAGUUACAAUCUGCAUUCAUGAAAUGUAGUAUGGAAUGUUAGUUGAUCAAACAUUUCCACAUGGAUCAACAUCUGAAGUUUAUGUGCCUGUUUAAAUUAGGAUUUGUCCAUGUUUGUUCGAAUAUAGAUUGUCAUUUGUCUUCCAAAUAAAGUCAGAAAAGUUCAACAAU